AUGGCUCUGAUCCUUCACUGUCAUAAGAGAGCUAAACGCUCCUCAGAGCCUCCAAACCACCCAAAGAUUGAUCUGGAAAUCUCAUUUGUCACCUCAGACACUACAGCAAAGUGUUUUCUCUCAGUGAUUUGCUCUCUGCUUUAUUUAUGGCCGUGUAAUGUAGCAUACAGUGGAAGAUCUUCCAGUAUCACUAAAACAGAGACUUUGCAGGAGGAACCACAGGAGAUCAUAAAGCCGGUGCCCAUCAGCCAAACGCCUGGGGCCUCCACCGGCCCCGCCAGCAUUGCUUAUAAUAAGACGGCUCGGCCCUUCGGCGGAACGACUAACACCGUCAGAUCGGUCAGUCCCAAAGCCUCCAUCCCCUCCGCCUCGUCUGCCUUCACCCCAGCCGCUCCGUCCCAGCAGCCUGGCUCCGCCCCCAAACCCGCCUCUGGCCACUCCCCCUUCACUAACUCCUCCUCCACACCAUCCUCUGGCUCCUCCUCCCCGGCGAGAGUGCUGGCUCCGCCCCCGGCCCCCGCCGCCCCUCAUUCGUCCGUCUAUAACACGCCCAUCAACCUCUACUCCAAUGAGAACGUGUGCGAGGUGGCCUUGGGCCAGAGGCGUGGCCUGCUGGAGAGCAAAGCCACAGGGGAACAGCACAACGGAACCGCUCGUAAGCCCAUGCUGGAGCCAGAGGAGAAUCACGUCUCAGCUCUCAGUGAUGCCAGUAAGAAGCGUGUGAUCGAGGACACGGAGGACUGGCAUCCGCGCACCGGCACGUCUCAGUCGCGCUCCUUCCGCAUCCUGGCGCAGAUCACCGGCACAGAGAACGAGCAAGCUCAGGAGAACCGGCCGGGGAAGAACGAGGCCACAGAGGAGCUUCAGCCCAGUUCUAAUGCCACGUCUUCAGUCAAAACCAUGAGCAAAGCGGUCGCUGGAGCCCCGAGGCAGGGCAACGGAGUCCCUCCAGCCGCUGCCAAGAGCUGGCAGUCGAGCAGCGCCGCAGGGUUUCCCAAAGCAGGUGCACCUGCGCCGCAGACGGGCCCCUCGAUCGGACAGGUCAGCAGCAAGGGCCCGGAUCGGCCCGCGCCUCAGGCUCACCCCAACGACCAAGACGAUUCGCUGGUGCAGAGAGCCGAACACAUCCCGGCGGGAACACGCACACCCAUGUGCGGCCACUGCAACAUGGUCAUCAGGGGUCCGUUCCUGGUGGCGAUGGGCAGAUCGUGGCAUAAGGAGGAGUUCACCUGCUCUCACUGCCGCAGUUCUCUGGCAGACGUGGGUUUCGUGGAGGAGCGCGGCUCCGUCUACUGCGAGCGCUGUUACGAGCAGUUUCUGGCCCCGGCCUGCUUCAGAUGCCAGCAGAAGGUUCUCGGGGAAGUCAUCAACGCUCUGAAGCAAACCUGGCAUGUGUACUGCUUCCUGUGCACUGCCUGCCAGCAGCCCAUCCUUUGUUUAGAUUACUACACCCUGUUCGGCACCAGCUGUCACGGAUGCGACUUCCCCAUUGAAGCGGGCGAUAAGUUCCUGGAGGCGCUGGGGUUCACCUGGCACGACACCUGCUUCGUCUGUACGGUGUGCAGCACGAGUCUGGAGGGUCAGACCUUCUUCUCCAAGAAAGACAAGCCCUUGUGCAAGAAGCACGCUCACACUGUCCAGUUCUGAUCUCACACUGAAACCAACGCCUUGCUGGUCAUAUUUGACUUUUGUGAGAUUUAUUUUAGUGCAUGAAUGUUUAUGAG